CCCAACGUGUUAAUUAACAGGUUGUGAUCUGUAAAAAGAGAAUUUCAUUUGGCGAUUUGUCUCAACUGCUUCUUAAAUUACAAUAAAACGAAUCAUUCACUUGAACAUGUAUUCUGGCAAGUACGUUCGGGAAGUUUUCGUUAUAGUUCUCGUGAUUAAAUCGUCGUUGUGUAACAUGAAUGAACCGCGAUGUUACAGCCGGUUUGACCACGAGGAGAAAAUGUUGGAGAAAAUGGUGAGAACUGAGAUCAAGAUUGAAGAGCUCCUCGGUAAACUGGAAGCUCAGGAAAAGAGGCUAAGUAACGUUGAAACUGAGGUGGACACUUCGACAAAGCAAAUACAAGGUCAAGAAAAGAAAGACGAUACUGAAAUAGAUAUGUCAGUGAGAGGGAUCCAAGAUUUGGAAAAAAGAUACAAUAGCUUACGAACUGAGUUGAGAGAGUUUGUAAACACGACAAAAUCCAAUUUUGAUGGGCUUGAGAAAUCCCUUGAGGUACACGAUCAACGUCUGGACUCUAUGUUCGGGAAUAUUACUGAGAGUAAGCACUACUCUCCCGUUGCCUUCUUCGCCACCCUGAUAUCCGAUUUUACAACAUCAACCUCCUCUCAAACGAUCGUAUUUAACAACGUUGUCACAGAUGUGGGCGGAGGCUAUAUCCCAGGUACAGGCGUGUUCACCGCCCCGGUCAACGGUUUAUACGUAUUUUCAGCUUCUGUCACGGUUCACCUGUCCACGUCGAAGACCUCCGCUUAUAUCAAAAUUCGGAAGAACGGCAGUUACAUAGUGUUUCUGUAUGUCAGCGACGGUGACGGUAAUUACGAGACAGGCGUGGGCACUGUCAUUCUAUCGUUACAGAUUGGGGAUACCGUAGAGUUGACAUGCAAUAACAGUGGACAAAGAAUUGACAGCUUUUCGUUUUUCUCCGGUUUUAGAUUGUAAUCAGUGCAUGAAUGAAAACAGAACAUUUAAAUGGAAUAAGUUCGCUUUAUUAUCUCACGAACGUUUUCUGAAAUGUUUACAAUUCAUAAAAAUCCUAUUUGGUUCGUACUUUAGAAACUAUCUUUUUGUUUGUCGAAAAAAUGAUGCACCUGAAAAACAUGAUUCAUGUAUUGAAAAAUGUUGAAUAAUAUGAUCAAAUAUGAUAUUUUGUUUAAUACAUCAAUAUCGCUAGUUUGGCAUAUACUGUGAUACCCUUUGUCAGGCCAAACGCGUAGCUGAUUAGAGAUGAUUAAGAGAGGCGGUAUGAAAAUUGAAAUUUAUUUCAUGCAUAUCGGUGAAAGAAUGAAAUAUAUAGGUGAAUAAUAACUUGAUCAUUUCACUCUGGCUCGAGUGAAAUGAUAACAUGUGAGCAUUAUACUCUGCAGCCAUCGGGACUACCUUCUCCAUCUUUUAUAAGAUUUGCUUCCCUUGACUUAAGAACUACAUAUAUGUAACAAGUUAAGUACAUGUUUGUUGUCGUUACUGAAGUGCAGUAAAAGACACAUUGGCCGAAUCAUAUAGAAUUGUCAUUAUCAAAUUAUGCAAUAGUUUGAAUAAAACAAACAUUUUUGCGAUUGAAUAUAACUAUGAAUAAAGAAUGAACUUACCAUUUUAUGUAUGAACUAUUUUAUAGAACAUACUGAACAUUACAAUUAACCAGCUUGGUAGUAGCUUAAGAACUUCAGCGAACACGUUAUAUAUUGCAUUUUGGGAAGUUUAAUGUGUAGUAAAUAUAAAAAAUAUCAACAUUAAAGUUAUGGAAGCAAGAACUAAUUGAAAACCAACCAGGUCAUGGUGAUUUCCGACAUCUUGUCGAGAAAACUUCCGAAGUCUACGCUCCAUCCUUUUCAAAGGCAUCUUCGGGCACAUCCUUGACAUUUUCUCUCGGGGUUUCAUAAACCCAAAAUUUAACGGAAAGUUGACAUUCAACUUUAAUAGACAUGCAACUAAUUUCUUUUCUCAACAACAAAACAUUCUUCGGCUGCAAAGCAUGAAUUCACCCCAACAAAAUGCCGUAAGAGCCAGAGCCUGAGAGCGACAGUGAAAAUAUAUCCACAACGAAUAACAUAAAACACAGACUUUCGUUGAUUUUACGCAUACACACUGCUAUAAAUCCAUAUUUGUUAAUUUAAAUCUUGGAAUUGAUCUUGAAUUAUUUUUUAUUUCCGAAAUAAUUUUGAUUAAAUACUUGUUUUGUGCCUCAAUAAAUGUUUAAAUGAUA